CCCAUAAACGAAUCAGUGAACGAGUCGUUGGUGUGAAUUAAACAACAACAAAAAUGUUAUUAUCCUUUACAUAUAACUUUGCCGUUAUUCUUUUAUUCACACUACAAAUAAUUGCACCGACAAUUGCGCGCGUUAUAAGUGAUUGUGACAGCGUUGUAUUGGAAACAACGGAAUAUAUACCAAAUUCAAAUACAGCAUGUAAUUCUCGUUAUCCAUAUAUUUACUGUAAUGGUGAAGCGUCGGCUUACUGUACACAGGAUGAAUGUUUGGACGAUUACCAGUGUGAGAGUGACGAUAUAAGUGAAUUAUCGGGAGAGGAACAGGUGUCAGCAGCAUCCGCUGAACCCACAGUAAUAACGACUGAGAGUACCGCUACAACACCUAAAAGAACAACAAUAGUAACAACCAUCACUACGCAGGGUACAACUAGUACAGCUACAACAACGGAAGAAAUACCAAUAACAACGAAAACAACAGCAACUACUCCAAAUAUCCCAAUAACAACAAAAUCUCUACUUACAACAACAAUAGACUCACAAAAUAUCAAAAAUCUUUGCCGUGCAGGUGUCUUCGCCAAUUAUUCCUAUCCGAGGAAUUGCCGUUAUUACUAUCGUUGCACUAACGGUUAUUUCUUAUUACAGGAGUGUGGCUAUUUAAUGUUCUUCGAUGCGUACGCUGGUUAUUGUAAGAGCGCCAGAGAGGCGCGGUGUGUAAGCCGACUGAUUAGGGUAUGAAUUUUGAUUAAAAGGGCAGUCGAGUCUAGAGCCCCCGAAAAAGAUCUUACUUUUAGGAUCUAUGAUGAGAAUAAGGAAAAAGAGAAGAAUAUCUCUCUUUCAGGAUUUGUUAAACAUGUAUUUGAGUAUAUAAAAGAGGAGAGAGAAUUGUUAGAUGAAGUUAAGUAGUGUAAAAGUUUUGUAGGGUAAUAUUAAAAGUAAUAAAUUAUUUAUUUGAAUUUUAAAU